AUGGAUGCGAAGAAUGUAGACAUUGACGAUCAUGCUUCUUGGCCUGAGGCUAUUGAAUCACAUUAUAUUGGUCUUUUGUAUGAAGAGGCUAAAAAAGGAUUACAAACAACAACCUUGGACAAAAAAGGAUGGCUAAAAAUAGAAAAUGACAUAUUUAAUUCUUUUGGAAAGAGAUAUAAAAUGCCUCAAUUGAAAUCCAAAUUCAAUCGGUUGAGAAAGGCACAUCGAGAAUUUUCUCAUCUUUUGGAACAAACUGGUAUGGGAUGGGAUACUCAAACAAAAACUGUUACAGCAAGUGAUGAAGUAUGUGACACUUAUCUAAAGAAAUAUCCAAAUGCGAAGAGAUUUCGAAAAAAAGGAUUGCAACAUUAUGAGAUGCUUGGAGAAAUAUUCAAUAAUACAACAGCCACUGGUGGUAUGAGUUAUGCCUCCACUCAACUUCCACCUUCUUCAGUUGAGGAACGCCAACAAGAGCGUCAUUUUGUUGGCACUGGAGCACAUGUUGAUAUUGAUCUUGAAUUUGACGGUGAUAAUUAUGGAGAGGAAGAAGAAGUUACUGGUGUACGUCGUCGAGCUACUUCUGCUCCACCAGAUGCACCAAAACCAAAAGAGAAAAAGAACAAAGGGGCUAGUUCUGCCUUCGACCAAGUGAUGGGAGAACUUGCAAAAAGUAUUUCUGCUAAGACUGAGGCAUCAUUAACACGGAGUGAGACUAUGCGUAAGUAUUAUGAAUCGAGAGAAAAAAGAAUUAGCGAGGAAACCAGCAAAGUCACUAAUUCUUACAAUGUGGAAGAUUGUCAAAGCAUUCUUGAUAGUAUUCCAGAUCUGGAUAAUAAAAUAUACCUCAAAGCGUUGCAUGAGUUUGUAGCAACCCCAGAAUGGCGUGGAAUAUUCAUGAGAAUGAAUGAGGAGCGUCGACGUGCUUAUCUUGAUUCAUUGUUGGAGUGA